AGCCUAUUAAUCAAGAUCUUAUUACAACAUACUUCUAUUACAAUAUCCUUUUCUUUUUGUAAUAUGGCUUUGGUCCUUGGAUGGAAAAUACUAUUUAUCCUUCUUUUUGUGAUGAUUGGGAUGUGUACAUCUCAAGUCACUUCUCGUAAUAUUAAAGAAUUAUCUAUGUUAGAAAAGCAUGAAUUGUGGAUGGCAAAUCAUGGACGUACAUACAAAAAUGAAGAAGAGAAGGAAAAAAGAUUGAAUAUAUUUAAAGAGAAUGUGAAAUUUAUUGAGUCUUUCAACAAUAAUGGGACUAAAAAGCCAUACAAAUUAGGCAUCAAUGUAUUUGCUGAUCUUACUGCAGAGGAAUUCUUGAGUUAUUAUACUACUGGAAUUAAGUUGUCUAAUUCCUACUCUCAAAUUCAAUCAUCAUUUAAGUAUGAAAACUUGAGUGAUGUUCCAUCUGUUAUGGACUGGAGAAGGAGUGGGGCUGUCACUAGAAUCAAACAUCAAGGCCAAUGUGGAUGUUGCUGGGCAUUUUCAGCAGUUGCAGCCUUAGAAGGAGCAAACAAACUCUCAACAGGCAACUUGAUUUCACUCUCCGAACAACAACUGUUAGAUUGUACCACCGAAAACAACGGCUGCGACGGCGGUCUAAUGACUACAGCCUACGAUUUCAUCAUAAAAAAUGGCGGCAUCGCCACAGAAUCCAACUACCCUUACGAGGAAUAUCAAGAUUCAUGCAAAAGCCAAGAGAUAAUGAAUUCUGCAGUGAAAAUCAGUCGUUACGAAACUCUGCCCUCGACCGAAUCAGCAUUGCUAAAAGCCGUAGCUAAACAACCGGUCUCUAUCGGUGUUGCUGUGAAUGAAGAGUUUCACUUGUAUCAAAGUGGUGUUUACAAUGGAAAUUGCGAGGGUCAAGAACUCAAUCAUGCAGUUACUGUAAUUGGUUAUGGGAUAGAAAAUAAUGGUACAAAAUAUUGGUUGAUCAAGAAUUCUUGGGGGUCAAGUUGGGGUGAAAAUGGUUACAUGAAAAUUGCUAGAGAUACUGGAAUUGAAGGAGGUCUUUGUGGGAUUACCACUUUAGCUUCCUAUCCUGUUCUUUAGAUUGUUGAAUUUUCCCUGGAAUUGAGGGAGGUCUUUGUGGGAUUACCACUUUAGCUUCCUAUCCUGUUCUUUAGAUUGUUGAAUUUUCCAUGUAUUUUGGUCUUUUCCCGAGCUCUGCGUAAAUGCAGGAUGUGUUUUGCACGGAACUGCCUAUUUUAAUGUAUGUUGGCCUAUAGGAUAUAUAGGCAUCUAGCACCUUUAGUGCUAGUAGUACAUGUUGUUUUCAUGCUA